CUUACCUUUCACUGCAUAGAAAUUGUAAUACCUUGUUUUACAACUGUGAAUACUGUCGUUGUAUGAACUGAACGUGUAUAGAGGGGACGAGCAGUCCUCACAGGGUUGUACCGACUGCCAGUGCCGCGCAAAACUUUCAUACUUGUGGCCGCGCCGUGCCUGGACGAUCCGACAGUGACGCACGCGCAUCUUAUUUGCAUAUUGUUCAAAUUGGUCUAUCGGUUUAUUCAUCCAGUUAGGUUUUAAAAAAAUACAAUUCGAUUCGCUGAAAAUGUAACAAAUCUCUGGGAUAUUUUACGAGAACUUGCUGAUAAAACUUUAUUGUGGAGUUUCAUAGUUGAUGAUAAGGUUUUUUUAAUUUCGAACUACCGGAUACCAAACAGAAUUUAUCUUCCAUGUAUCACAAACAAGAGGAAUUCAAUAUACCUAAGGAAGUUUGGGUGAUAAAAAACCUUCCUACGUAGUGUAAACUUCUUAUUGUAUCACUUUUAACUUAUUUUGCUAAUAAAACCGCCAUCAUGGAUUUCAUACGGUCGUUUUUUAAACGAAUUACAGACGACUUGAAACAGAAAAAACUUAUACCACUAAAGAUAUUAUUCUUCGUUCAUGCCUCAACAUUGUUCGUGUUAUACCCGUAUUUGACGAUACACAUGAGAGAAUUGGGUAUCAAUGUGGAGGAAACUGCGAUCAUGUCUGCUGUGACGCCGGUGAUAUCCAUCGUGAUGCCGCCAUUAGCUGGCAUGCUUGCUGACAAAAUUGGUAACUUUAGGUUAUUACUAGCUUUGUCGUCGGUACUCGGCGGCGCUUCUGCAUUGCUCUUGCUGGCGGUACCAGUUGGUCGCAUCACCGUGACAUUCCCACCGGAAGUAGAACUAUUAGCAACGUGUGAUGAGUCCGCACUGAAACUUCGACACAUACAAGAUUUCUCAUGUGCGCCACUUCAUCCAUAUUCUUAUGACAUCAAUUUAACCAUAUCAUCGUGUGGUUUCCUAUGCGAAAUGCCUGAAGGCACAUUUUCGAAUGAAUUGGAGGAUGCCUUGCACACGCCUUUUUAUGACAUUCAUCUUCAGUCGCGAGUCGAUGGACAACGAGUAUUAUUUCGUCAUACCGUGUCAACACAGGACUCUCGCAGGACGACACCACAAAAAGACCAAAGCACUAUACGAAUAAUGACCAACGACCCACACUUCAAUACCAGUAUAUCAAAAGUUUCCGAUCGUGGGAUAUUUUUCCCAUCGCCCAGGUUGUACGAAAUGGAAUGUUCUCGAGGUUUGAAUAAUGUGACAUGCGUGUUCGGGAUAAAUAAAAUAUUCAAUGAAGGACAGAACGGGAAUAAAGGGAAUAAUUUACGAGUUCGGGUCUCACAUAAUGCUCAAACGACACCGGUUGAUGUUAGAGAGUAUUGGAUUAAAGCGUUGUCUACUGGGAAUGAUACCAAGCUAGACGAUGAUUAUGAUGGAGUUGAUAACAUUACUUGCAAGGAUUAUUAUGAUGAGAUACUUAGUGAACAAGGUGCUUGGGUGCAGACUGGCUCCCGAGAACUUAGAAGAUGCUCAGCAGCUUGCGCUGGACUGUCGCCGCGCAAGAGUUUAUGUAAAAAUAAUGAACAACAAUUAGAACUGGACCCUGUAUUCACGUUUUGGGCUUACCUCGCUGUACGUGUGUUCAUCGGCAUCAUUGGUGGCACAGCAUUCGCCAUGUUCGAAGGAGCAGUUAUCGCUAUAGUCAGAGAACAAAAAGCCGAUUACGGUAUGCAAAGAGUUUACGGCAGUAUCGGAGGAAUGAUUUCUUCUCCUUUAUCUGGUCUAUUAAUCGAUUAUGCCAGUAAAGGAAAAGGAUAUACAGAUUUUAGACCAGCAUUUUACCUGUACGCCGUAUUGAAAGUUGCCUCUGGAGCGUUGAUGUUAAGUAUUGACCUCGAGUUCAAGCAGCCUGCACAGAAUCUUCUAGAAGAUGUCAUCACUGUCUUCAAGAACAUCGAGAUUGUAGCCCUGUUUAUUGCUUGCUUCAUUAUGGGCACAGCAUGGGGCUACAUCGAGAGCUUCCUGUUUUGGCUGCUGCAGGACCUUGGCGCGUCUCGUUCCUUGAUGGGCAUCACGAUUACCGUGGGCGGAGUCGCUGGCCUCCCGCUACUUGUUUUAUCAGGCCCCAUCAUUAGGAAACUAGGACACGCCAACGUACUCUUUAUAGGAUUUAUAUUCUACGCGAUUAGGUUACUUGGUUACUCAUUGAUCUACAACCCUUGGCUGUGCCUGAUAUUCGAAGCGCUUGAGUCGGUGACGUCAUCACUGUCUUUCACCGCCGCAGUGACGUAUGCAGCGCGACUCUCCUCGACCACCACUGACACCUCAGUCCAGGGGCUGCUGGGCGGUCUUUAUUAUGGAGUUGGCAAAGGCUCCGGAAGUUUAAUAGGCGGAUAUCUAAUGAAAUUCUUCGGCACACGACCUACAUACCAAAUGUUCGCCGGCGCCACAUUCAUCACUGGCUGCAUUUACUAUCUAUUCAACAAGUUUUACAUACGAAAAAGGUCUACAGGCGAUGACAGCUCCAUCUGUAAGAUAAAACAAGCGCCUGCCGAUGUGGAGAGCCGUGACACCGAUAAGGAAAACGAUAAAAAGACCUCCACAGAUGUCUCUAGCAAGGGCGAAGCGGUGAAACAAGAAUGUUUAGCGCUAGACAAAAUACCGGAUUCAAACCAACGUACGAAGUUGGUGUUAGACAACAUAGAUGGCAGCAGUGACUCUGGUGUUGACAACCCGGCGUACACCGAAACUGACUCCGCAAACGGAACGCGAAAAAUUGAGAGCAAAGUUAACGGGUAAUUUGUGUGUGAUAUGAAUCUUUAUUAGUUUGUAAGCUGACAAAUUAGUAUUACGAGUUUUGUAUCCUAAAUAAUGUAAUAUAAAAGUAUUAUCGCAGUGUUAUGACGAGCUAAAGUGUCUUUCGUUAUAACUCUGAUCUAUUUUUGAUAGGACUAUGUCGUUCUGUAAGCACAGUUAACAUAAAAUUAUUUGUAGAAAUAUAUUUUUCUAAGCGGUAUUUUUUUAUGUUUUACGUAUAAAUGACUAAAAAGAUAAGGGUGUGACGAGGUUUGAAUGGCAACAAUAAUAAAUCUUACAAGUACUAUAAGUACUUGAUAAAAAUGUGACUGUGAUCCUAUAGAGUUAAGGCUUACUGUGAGUUCGGUAUACAAUCAAAUGUAAACAGCGAUUACUUUGUCGAGUAUUUACUUUAGCAUGCAUGGUGGAGCGUGUUGGUAUUUUAAUUUACAACAGCAACUGAGCACACAGUAUUAUAAAAAUGAAAUUAGGUAUCCCAACCUGUACAUUAUACACUGCUAGAUUUUGUUAGAUCAAUAGAAAUGGUUUUCUGUGAAAGUAUCAGUCCAAAAACUAAGCUUAGUUAGUUCAGCUUAGCUCGCGAAGCUAAGAUAUUUCUUUAUACUAGUAUGCAGACUACAAAUUAUGUAGUCUAAUUUAUGCACUACUCGUAAUUUUCUCGGCUAUGCGAGCUAAGUAAGCUAACAAAAUUAAACUUGGUGGCAGUCCUCAACCUGCAUAAUUAUAUUUUGUUCGAAU